UUUCUUAUUUUCUCCUUGACCACACCCUAAUGCUGUUGACGUUUCAGUUCCUUUUUGCUUUCAUUUGGCGUUGACACUGACGACAAUUUUUGUGUCUUACAAGAAAAUGUAUCGCUCAAAAUAUCCAGAUGAUCCCGGCAUGCAUAACGCUGGUGGAUUACCAGGACUUGGUAGUUCCAGACUUCCGUCCACCUAUAGCAAGAGAGGAGACUCCACAUUUGUAGAGCGUGUUAGCAACAGCUUUACAGGGUCCAUGCUAGGGCUUGGUCUCGUGGCCAUUGGACUAUUCAGCAUCACAGUCAAUGAGAGUUUUGCUGCAUAUGUCUCAUGGCAAUUGGAUGAUGGCUUGCGCAAUAUUAUUCCCUUGGAAUCCAGUGAGGUUAUAUUUACAGAAAAUAACAACAAGCUUAUACAUGUCACAGGAAAGCUACGGACUACAGAGCCCCUGGUAGAUUCCCAGUUUGGUAUAUCAGUGAGAGCAGUGAAGCUACGUCGUCAUGUCCAGAUGUUCCAAUGGGUUGAACAUAGGAAACAAUCUCCAGGAGAAGAUAUCCAGUAUACAUACACUAAAGAGUGGAGGUCAGAAAUCAUUGACAGUGACACUUUCGAAAAUUCUGCCAGGCAUGUUAAUAAAAAGGAAAUGUCUGUCAAAGGCACUACCUUUGUUGCCAUCCGAGCUUACAUUGGUAACUUCCAGUUAAAGGAGCCCUUGAAAGAAAAGAUUGAAAACUUUGACCCUUACUUCACCCAGCAGCAACCUUCCAAUCCAAACGUUAAACUGCACAAUGGCUUUUAUCACUUCUCAUUAGAUAUCAACAGACCUAUGAUAGGAGAAGUGAGAGUAACAUUCAGCUAUGCUGGUGUGAGUGGUCAGGAGAGUAGCAUCGUAGGACCCCCUGCUACUGUGAGCAUAAUUGCCAAACAGGCAGGAGGAAUUCUGACUAGUUAUGUAGAUAAUAGUGGUACAGCAAGAGAGAUGGUCCAGAUGGGAAAAUGGUCUGCAGAGGAAAUGCUGCUUCGUCACCUGAACCUGCAGACCUCAUUGACAUGGUCUCUCAGGAUUGGAGGAUGGCUCAUGAUAUUCUUAGGCUUCUGUUUUAUGAAACUCAUCACUUUUUAUAUCAUGGAUCUGGUACCACCCCUUCGAAAGAUUGCAUCAUUUGGUCUGAUAAACUUCAACUUGUGCAUCUCCUUCUCACUAGCUUUAAGCUUUGCUGCCUUAUGUUACCUAAUGACCAGACCAGUGCAAGCUCUUAUCAUGAUGACUGUAGCGCUACUACCAGGAAUUAUCGCUUUUUUCCGACAUAAAAAAUCACAAAAUGAAAGUUUGAGAUUAUGAGUACAAAUAAUUGCAUUCUGUACUUUCAGAUUGAUUUGUAUUCAGAAAUGUUAGGAUAUUAAUAGGAUAUUUAUUUUUUGGUAUUUUAAUUUUAGGAUACUAAUGAAAUCUGAGAUGUUAUUUUAUUUGUGUGUGUUUAAUAUAGAGGAAUAAGGGUAAAAAUUAAAAAAACAGACAUCAGACAUUAAUUAACAACUUCUAAACCAUUCAAAAUUACAACAAACAAUAAAGUUUAUCAAAUUAACUAUAGUAUGGUCGAAUAGCAUUGUUCAUUCUUCCGGGAUUUUACUGGAAUUUUUUUUCUUUUCCGAGUUAUAAUUUAAAGAAAGGAAAGUAAAAAUAUUCUUAUAGACAGUAUUUUAAGAUUAACAAAAAUGCUAGGCAUGUCCAAAUUGCAGUCGAAGUGGAAGUCGUUCAAUGUUUUUGUAAUUUUUCAAAGAAAACGAUUCUAACUUGAAGAAAGCUUGAUGAAAUUUAGAUUUCUUUUGCAAUGGUAGAGACAUCCUAUCAGGAUAUCUAAGAACACAAGCUUUUUAUUAUCAAUGUUACUUGAUGUUGCUUCUGUCCCACCUCUUAUGUCACAAUGUCCCUGGGCAAGACAUUAAUCUACAUUUGUCACACUCGACCCAGGUGAUGUAAAUGGGUACCUGGCAGGAAUUCAGUUCUUUGAAAUGCUAGAGCGCCGUAAUGGCAGCAAUGCUAAAGCCGAGGUAAUAAUUGCGGAGUUCCAGGAGUGUCAAGUAUGACAGAUAUCAGCGCUAUACAAAAACCCACUAUUGUUAUUAUUAUCAUUAAUGUAGAUGUUAUCAUGGUCUAAAGAAUGUAUGUCUGAAAUUAUGUUGCUCCUCAAACGUGAAAUAAGAAUGUAUUUUAUGUACAUUAGACAUCAAAGCAGCUAUGGGAAGUUGUGUAGUGCCUUAGAGGAAGUGAUGGACUCUGUGUCACAUGUGGUUACGUUAUUGGUGGUAGCUUACUCUAAUAAUCUGUAUAAUGUUUAAUAUGUAGCAAAAAAUCAUGUACACUAACCUUGAAAACAUUUUUUUUUUUACUGUAUGGAAGUUUUUGUCAUAUGAUUCCAAGACUAAAAUCUACUUUACACUGUAAAUGUAGAGCACACUGUGUUUAAAGACGACUUUCAUUGAAAUAAUUUUUUUAUUAAUUCAUAAAUAAGAUUUAUUGGGAUUUUACUUGUUCUUUAAUUUCUUUUCUUCUUUCUUUAAAAAAAAAA